GCUAGUAGGGGUGCUAUGGCUUUCCCUAGCAUACAAGCUGCUCAAUGGUUUCUUUGAUUUCUCUUCUUGUUCUAAAGGAUGUAGUUUGCUUGCUUCUGGCAAAUCCGUUUGAAGACAUGACAUUGUCUGUCAUAUAUAGAAUCUAAACUCAAACAAGCCAUGUAGUAAGUACUUACCAAUGGCAUCCACCAGCAUUCAAACUGUCCCAUCCUCUAUUACCUCUGAUUUUUCUAAACCCCAACCGAAAUAUGACGUUUUCCUCAGUUUUAGAGGAGAAGACACCCGUUGUACGUUUACCGACCAUCUAUAUCGUGCUUUGGAAUAUAAAAGGAUUAUUACCUUCAGGGACGAUAAAGAAGUUGAGAUGGGAAAGCCCAUUUCGCUGGAACUCUUGGAAGCAAUCGAGAAAUCGACGGUUGCGGUCAUCAUUUUCUCUAAAAAUUAUGCAUCUUCCACAUGGUGUUUGGAAGAACUUGCAAAGAUUGUUGAAUGCAGGGAUAGAGGGAUAAUAUUGACAGUGUUGCCCAUUUUCUACUAUGUGGAACCUACUGACGUGCGACAUCAGAAGAACACUUUUGCAGAGGCCUUUGCAAAACAUGAAAAGCGUUUCGAGGAGGACCCAACAAAGGUGCAGAAGUGGAAAACUGCUUUAACAAAUGUGGCCAGUCUCUCUGGAAGGCAUUUGAAGGAUGGGGUGCAUGAGGCAAACUUUAUCCAAAACAUUGUUGAAUGGAUAGAUUUGAAAUUGGAUGAGAAACGUUCAAAUGAUACUGAAGAUGGUCUUGUGGGAAUAAGCUCUCGUGUUGAGGAAAUGAUUUCAUAUUUAGAUCUGGAAUCAACUGAUGUUCGCUUUAUUGGAAUAUGUGAGAAGAGUGGUAUGGGCAAGACAACUCUUGCACAAGCUGUUUUUGAUAAGAUUCUUAAAAAAUUUGAAGCUUCUAGUUUUCUCGAAAAUGUUAGAGAGGAAUCUGAAGCACAUGGUUUAAAGACUUUACAAGAACGACUCCUUUGUGAUAUAGGAAAAGGGGGAUUAAGGGUAAAGGAUGUGCAUAAGGGAAUGCAAGUUAUCAGCGAUAUACUGCAUAACAAAAAGGUUCUUAUUGUUGUUGAUGAUGUGAGUGAAAGAAGUCAAUUAGAAACAUUAGUAGGGAAGCGUGAUUUGUUGGGCAAAGGAAGUAGAAUCAUUGUAACUACUGAAAACAGAGGUUUGUUGGCAAGUUAUGAAAUUAAAUUUGUAUAUAAGGCUAGAGGACUAAAUGAAGUCGAAGCUCUACAACUUUUUAGUCUGAAUGCCUUCCACAAACCUCAUUGUGAGAAUAAUUUCUUGGAAUAUUGCAAAAAUUUUGUUGAGUAUGCUCAGAGAAUUCCUUUGGUUCUUAAAGUUUUGGGUUCCUAUUUGUAUACUAGAUCAAAAAAUGAAUGAGAAAGUGCUCUGAAUCAGCUAAGAGCAAUACCCCAUGAAAAAACUACUAAGAAACUUAGAAUUGCUUUUGAUGGAUUGGGGGCGGAUGAGAAAAAACUAUUUUUAGAUAUUGCAUGUUUCUUCCAAGGGGAGGAGAAGAAUCGCAUUGCUGAUAUACUAGAAUCUUACUUCUCAGGCAUUAAUCUAAUAAAAAAUCUCAUUGACAAAUCUCUAAUUACUCUUGUAGUGGGGGAAAAAUUGUGGAUGCAUAAUUUAUUACAACAAAUGGGUUGGGAAAUUGUUAGUGAGGCAUCAGAUGAAGCUGGAGAACGUAGUAGGUUGUGGCAUUAUGAUGACGUCCUUGAUGUAUUAAAGAACAAUACUGGAACAAAACAUAUAGAAGGCAUGCUAUUAAGAUUGCCUCCAGAUGAUGAAGAAGAAUUGAAUGCUGAAUCAUUCUCAAAGAUGAAUAAACUAAGAUUGCUCAAAAUUUGUAAGUUUUCAGCCUGGCGAACUUGUUGAGCUCAUUAUGCAUCGCAGUUGUCUUCAGCAACUUCCAAGUGAAUUUAGUAAGUUGGGAAAGUUAAAGCUCAUUGACUUGAGUGACUCCCAAAACUUAACCCGAACUCCUGACUUCACUGGAUUCUCAAAUAUUGAGAGGCUGAAUUUCCAAGGUUGUACAAGAUUGCAUGAGUUGCACCCUUCUGUUGGAGGUCUUAAAAGACUUAUUCUUUUAAAUCUAAAAGAUUGUAAAUAUCUUAAGAAACUUCCAUAUGAUGAGCUCAAUUUGGAAUCUCUUAAGACUUUAAUUCUAUCUGGCUGUUCAAGAUUUAAGAAAUUUCCCCGUAUUGGGAGAAACAUGAGAAGCUUGUUGGAGCUUUAUUUGGAUGGGACUGCCAUUGAAGAACUACCACCAACAAUUAGGCGUCUAACUGGCCUGACCUUAUUGAAUCUUCAAGACUGCAAAAACCUUAAGAGUUUUCCGAGUGACAUUCAUAGUUUGACAUCUCUUGAAAUUCUCACUCUAUCAGGAUGUAAGUGUCAACCACCAAAAGCAGGGCAUUUGCUUGGGCUCUCUCCUAUUGGAUCCUCAAUUGGUGCCUCCCCCACUUUUCCGCGACUAAUUUUAUUUCCUUUUCUAUCUUUCCUGGCAUGGCGAUACACCUAUCUCAGAAUUCCUAUAUUUGCUACAAUUGCUUUGUCAAUAUAUUGUUUCCACAAUGCCCAGCAUCCUGAACCAGAGCCCAUCAACCUGUUGUUGUCUAAUUCGUUCUCAGAAUUAAGCACUUUGGUAACUCUAAGUCUAAGUGACUGCAAUCUGUUGGCACUCCCUGAUGACCCUAGCUGCUUGUUGUCAAUAGAGUAUUUGAAUUUGAGCAAAAAUAAUUUUACAUGCUUGCCCGAUUACACUUCUCGACUUUCAAAGCUCAAAAUUCUUUUCUUGGAUCAUUGUAGCAAGCUUAAAUCAUUGCCAUAUGUUCCAUUAAGUACAAGGUUAGUUUCAGUACAAGGAUGUACUGCGCUUGAAAAUUAUUCAAAUCAAGUUGUUGUAUGGACUUUGGGUGAAGCAGGAUUCACUAUUAUUACUUGCCUUGGCUGGCCGAGGAUGAAGAUGGCACAAUUGCUGAGGUUUCUUUGCUAGACAUACACCUAUUAUGGCAAAGAUACGUGAAGGAUCAAAUUCAUCAAAUGGAAGGCUUUUGCCAUGUUUUACCUCAAUUUGAAAUUCCAGAGUGGUUCAAGCAUCAGAGGUUUGGGUCAUUUCGACCAAUACCUUCAAAUCUGUUUAGUAAUAAAAAUUGGAAAGGAAUCGCUCUGUGUGUCAUUUUUGUAGUCCCAGCACAUUCAAACGACGGUUCUCCUGGAGAGGAUACAAAAUACUUUCAUGAGUUUUAUUGUCGUUUGGAACAAAAUGGAGAUCCUAUAAAUGGAGAUCCUAUAGCUUUCAAGGUUCCUAAGGAAACAUGUGUUGAUUCAUUUGGAGUUUGGCUAUAUAUAUCGCUUGCGAGGUUUAGAAAAUGUUUAGACGAACGGAGUUGCAUUACCCCUUUCAUUGGAACCAACAGCCCGGAUAUUGAGAUUAAUAUGUGUGGUGCACGUAUUCUAUAUAAUAAGCAAGAUGUGGGAGAAUUUCUACAAAACUUAGGCCAAAAAAUUGUUGGGAGUCCUAAUGACCUCCGUGGAGAGCUCAACUCACACUCACAGCUUUCAAGAUUGUAUCAGAUUGCGUCUCCACCACGCUGGUUUGCUUAUCAACAUGGGCCCGCCAUAAAAACGCAGUUACCUGCAGAUUUGCAUUAUCAUUCAAGAUGGAGGCCUACCCCCGUGACAGAGCUUCUACCAAGUAAUGAAACUAUACAAGGGGAGUGUACUUCACGAGAAACAAUAUUUUCAAAUCAAGUAAUAGCUGCAGGCACUUCAAAAAGUUCAAGUCAAGGGUCUCUUUAUUUGGGCAAGAUAUCAAGCAGCCUUGAAUGUUGGUUAAAACAUGGGCCAUAUUUACAGGACCACUACGAGUGCCCUGGUUCUUUCAAUCAAUGUUUGCCUCAAAGUGAAAUCCCAGGGUGGUUUAAAUCUAAAAAUAUUGCUAGAUCCUCAUCAGUAACAAUCAAGCUACCUCCAGAUUUGUAUGAGAAUCUUGAGUGGAUGGGAUUUGCAUUUUUUGCUGUUUUCUCAUUUCAAAAGCAUCCUACUUCCGUUCCUAUGAAAGGUUCAGAAUUUUCUUUUAUCAUCGUUUGUCAUUUGAAGACUAACUUGGGUUGUAUGAAUCCAUUAUAUAGCAUCAGUGAAAAGGACGUAAUAAUAUCAUUACAUCAACGUGGAUUCCUUUGGUUAUCAUUCAUUCCAUGUUGGAUUCUUUCACCUGAAUGGAGUCGAUGCACUUCGGUUGAAUUCUCAUUUGUGAGCGAUAGUUCGGCUGUAUCGGCGCUAAAGUGUGGGGUCGAUCUUGUAUACCGGCAAAAAUUGGAAUUUGCACGUAGAAUGGUACAAUGCAUAACCUCAUACGAUGCUCCUUUCCCAUCGUAUGAAAGAUUUCCCUUUUAUCAUCCUGAUCAAUUCAGGGGCAGUGACGGCUCUAGUGGAACUUCUGGUCACUACUCUUAUGAUCAAUUCUACAGAACUGCCGCCUUGGACCGCUAUAACAACCGUAGUAUUUUCAAUCAAUGUAUUCUUCAGAGUGAAAUCUCAGAGUGGUUCAGCCAUGACUCGCUACCGUCAGAUUUGUCACCUAAAUUUGACUUUCAUCCAUCCACUUCGUAUAAUUUUUGUUUCCCUCCCAGUAAAAUUCAAGACUGGUUUAGUCAUCCGAAUCAUGGACACUCAGUGACAAUUGACCUACCCUCAAAUUUGUACCACGAUAGUAAUUGGAUGGGACUUGUUCUGUAUGCUUCUUUCUCCAUCAAUGGGGAUCCAAACAUCAUCUUUAGCAAUCUGGCAUCAGGAAAAUCUCACUUCCUAUAUUGUCAAUGCCAAACGAGUAUGGCUAAUGUUGAUAAUCAGAAAAUUGCUUUCUCCACCAAUAAAGAAGAAAUCACGUGGUUACUUAAUCUAGGUGAAUUCAUUUGGAUAUGCUACGUACCAGGAAAGCCAUUUAAGAAUUUGUUGCGACACUGCAGCCACAUUGAGGCCUCAUUUGAGAGUGAUUGGUCAGGCGUGAUAGUGCAGAAUUGUGCGUUACAACUUUUGUACCAGCACGAUCAAGUGCAGUUUGAGCAAGAACUAAAACAUUGCAACAAAUUGAUUUCAGAGAAUCGAAAGCUUGUUUGUAAACAACAAGAGGAUCAAAAAAAAAAAAAUGAACUGGAGACUGAUGAAACUGAGAUUCAACUUGGCCAAAGUGACCUGCUGGAGAACCAAGAGAAGGUGGACAAGUGGAGAGUUGCUUCAAAGGAACUAACCAAAAUCUCUGGAGAGCAUUUAGAGAAAGGUCUUUAUGAUUUACUACAAAAAAUGGAUCGAAAAAUUAUCUGUGAGGAAUCAGAGGAACCUGGAAGACGCAAUAGAUUCUGGCUUCAUGAUGGUGUCGUUAAAGUAUUAAAGAGCAAUACGGCAAAUAAAUUAUUAUGUAGAUAUAAAUUUGGAGAAGACUUUAAUCCGUCCACUUCAUAUAAUUGUUGUUUCCCUCCAAGUAAAAUUCAAAACUGGUUCAGUCAUCAGAAUCAUGGAUGCUCAGCGAGAAUGGACCUGCCCUCAAAUUUGUAUCACAAUAGUAAUUGGAUGGGGCUCGUUCUGUAUUCUUCUUUCUCAAUUCAGGGGGAUUCAAACUUCAUCCUUAGCAAUUUAAAUUCAGGAAAAUCUCACUCUCUAUUUUGUCAAUGCCAAAUGAGUAUGGCUAAUGUCGAUGAUCAGACAAUUGCUUUCUCCACCAGUAAAGAAGAAAUCACGUGGUUACUUAAGCUAGGUGAAUUCAUUUGGAUAUCCUACGUACCAGGGGAGCCAUUUAAGAAAAUGUUGCAACACUGCAGCCGCAUUGAGGCUUCAUUUUUGAGUGAUUGGCCAGGUGUGAUAGUGCAGAAUUGUGCGUUACAACUUUUGUACCAGCACGAUCAAGUACAGUUUGAGCAAGAACUGAAACACUGCAACAAUUUGAUUUCUGAGAAUCGCGAGCUCAUUCGUAAACAACAAGAGGAUCAAAAGAAAAGAAAUGAACAAUACCACGUUGAUGAAGGACUUCAAAGAAAAAUCUUUUCUAAUAUCAGCUUUGAAGCUAAAAUACCUCCGAGACUUAUUGAUCAACCGGAGACUGAUGAAACUGAGAUUCAACUUGGCCAAAGUGACCUGCUGGAGAACCAAGAGAAGGUGGACCAGAGGAGAGUUGCUUCAAAAGAACCGACCAAAAUCUCUGGAGAGCAUUUAGAGAAAGGUCCUUAUGAUUUACUACAAAAAAUGGAUCGAGAAAUUAUCCGUGAGGAAUCAGAGGAACCUGGAAGAUGCAUUACGGCAAAUAAAUUAUUAUGUAAAUUUGGAGAAGAAAGUAAUAAUAUACUAGCAGUAGAUAUGAGUGAAAAACCUAGAGGCAAGCAAAAUAUGAGUGAAAACCCUAGUGAAAAACCUAGAGGCAAGCAAAAUAUGAGUGAAAACCCUAGAGGCAAGCAAAAUAUGAGUGAAAACCCUAGUGAAAAACCUAGAGGCAAGCAAAAUAUGAGUGAAAAACUUAGAGGCAAGGAUGGGGAGAAGCUCCAUCCGGUCUCUUCUUUCAACAAGGUACCUCCAGCCCGAGGCGAGGUCAAAAAUUCAAUUAUUAAUGAUCUUUUGAAUAUGAAUUCUUCUGCCGAUUCCUGAACUUCAAGGAAGAAGAAAUAAUUAAAUUGUGGGUGUUUCUCAUGUAUGCUUUCUUGUUCCUCUUUACUAUAUCUGGUGUUUGUUAGUCUUGGCGUUUCUUGAAGCCAAGUCCAUGUGAGGAUUACACAUGGAGAUCUCACUAGACCGUCUCAUAAUUUUAUUUUUUCGUUUCGGGUGAUUGUAGAGACUUGUGGGGGUGUUUGAGUAGAGACUUUGGUAAUGUUUUAUAGUGUGCAAGAAUUACCAAAGCAGGUUUUGCUUUUCUAUGCCCCUGUAUUUUGCUUUAGUGUAAUGAAAAUGUUCUGCUGUUGUAUCUGAUGAAAGUAGUUUAACUUAUGAGACCA